AACACGAAAGCGACGAUGAUCCGCAAGGUGGCGAGUUAUUAAUAUAUGUUUAUAGUGGAUUGGGUUUUACAACAGCGCCCAUGUUUUCCUCGGCCAUCAAUGUCGUGACUCGCAAACACUGAUAAAGGACAGAUAGUGUACCGCUUUCUGCUGUAUGUCGCAAGAUUGCAGCUCGCCUCGACCGUUCUUGAAUCAGUGAGGUCCUUGAGGGUCCUCGUACAUGGUAAUAUCAUGAUUAUGAUGCAUGAUGCGCGCGCGAUUUACAAUUUCCCAAUGCCUUUAAAGACCGUUGCAUAGAUUCAGUAUCCGACUACGACUAUCACCUUCAAUAUGGACUCGGCGAACCUCUUCGGUUCUGGCCUUCGAUCCAUACACCGUUUUCUGCUCGCUUUGUUAGGCCGAUACUUUCUUGCAGCAUCACGACAAUGGUCAAAACGGACUGUAAGGGACCAUUGCGAGAUAUCUGAAAAGUCACCUCUUUCCCCUCUAUCCGCACAGUCUCUGGUUUCCGGCCGUAGUUUUGGUCCCCGUGUUGAAGUACGAUUCGAGAGCAUCCACAGUGCCUUUCAAGUCUCUGCGCUUAUCGAUCCCGCGCAAGAAGCUGUUGUGGACCACCUCGGUAAUUGCCUUUCGUACGGGGAGCUGGAUAGGCUGUCUUUGCGCCUUGCCUCAUAUCUAAGGUCUCGGGGCGUUGGUCGUGGAUCUCUUGUUGGCCUCGUCGUUCAGCGGUCGAUUCCUCAGGUGGUUGCUAUCCUUGGGGUUCUUCGCGCCGGCGCUGCGUAUAUUCCCUUAGACGGAGACGUCAUAACCGAUGAUACCCUGAAGGGUAUCAUGGACACUGCCGAUCCUUCCUACAUAUUGAUAUCAAAAGGGUGCCUUGCUCGGGCGGCUAUGCUGAACCAUCCACAUGGGUGCUUGGAAGACAUCAUUGAUGUAAUCCAACAAGCACAAGAUGGAUACGUCGACUUUGACAGCCCUAUUUCGCGAAGAACUGACACAGCCUACAUUAUAUUCACUUCGGGUACUACGGGAAAACCCAAAGGAGUAAUGGUGAGUCACUCCAAUGUCGUAAACUUGCUUUCCCUGGCCCCGGGAAAUCUGGGUAUCAAGCCGGGAGUCAAGGUUGCGCAACUCAUGAACGUUGCUUUUGACAUGUGUGCAUGGGAAACCCUUGGCUGUUUGAUGAACGGGGGAACUCUGUAUCUGCGAGGACCGCAUCGGUGCGACUGGAUCAAGGUCCUGAAGACGGUCGAUGUUGUUAUUGCCACACCUUCCAUACUGGCUCCCCAUGAUCCUAAGGACUUCCCGAAUAUACGUGUCGUCGCUACUGCUGGGGAACCUUGCCCUCAAUCGUUGGCGGAUAAAUGGGCUAUGCAGACAACGUUCUACAACUGCUGUGGACCUACAGAGAUUACUAUUGUCAAUACCAUGCACCGUCACAUCCCCCAUACAGCUCUCUCCAUAGGGAAGCCGACACCUAACAACAGUGUCUAUAUCCUGGACGACUAUCUUCGACCCGUACCUGUUGGAACUGCCGGAAUCAUGUGGGCUGGCGGGGAUGGUGUUUCGAAAGGGUACCUCGGAUUGGAUGACCUAACGUCCCAGAGGUUCUUGGCAGAUCCUUUCAGAGGCGGCAGGAAGAUGUAUAACACCGGGGACAUCGGCAGGUGGAGGGAUGACGGCUCCAUCGACCAUCUAGGUCGCGUUGAUGAUCAAGUCAAGAUCAAAGGAUUUCGCGUCGAGUUGGAUGGUGUCAGUGCCGCGAUGCUUACUUGUCCCGACGUUACUGGUGCUUGUGCUGUUCUCGUCGGUGACGAGCUCUUUGGUUUUUACACUCCUCCCUCGGUCGGUAUUGCUCCUGUCCGAGAUGCCGUCUGCAGAAUGCUUCCCCGAUACUCCGUACCGUCUAAAUUCGUAUCGCUAUCCGCUCUUCCGCUGACAAAGAACGGGAAAAUAGACAAGGCGAAACUCAAAGAGAAUGCUGCUGCGCAACGACCCUGAUAACAGACCUUGUGAUACCCGCUUUAUAUCCCUUCUACCAUACAAUCAGCUGGCUUAUCUGGGUCCGGUCACCUUAGCAGCUCACAUAUCUAAUCUCUGUUACCCCGAGCAGAGCGUAUCGUCGCUGCACCACUCCAUGCUAUUAUUUACUCACGAACACCUAGACCUCGGUGUACAGAUGCAGACGCCUACCUACUGUAAUGUCUAUUACUUGUAUACACAUCGAUACUACUUUCAGGAUUAUGACACUAUUAUUAAUGGUCUUGUAUUUUUUUGCAUGUUACAUAUAUUAUGUUACGUAGUAUGUA